AUGCAAGGAGAAACUGGAAGGCUAAUUACACGCUCCAAUGUCAUUCAUAUCGAUCGACCGGAUUCCAUGAAACAUGUUGAUCUUCAUAUUUAUAUAAUUCCGAAAGAAGUGUGGAAAAAUAAUCAGAACCUAGCAGAAAAUGAUGCAAUGACAAAUGCGGUGUCUGUUGGCUUUGUUCGUGUGCCGGACAAUCUAACAAUUGCUGAUCUACGUCGGUACAUAUUUAAUAUCAGCAGUGAUACACCGAAUUUUCCGGAGAAUUUUCUCUACCUGAGAAGCGUGGGUCGGUGUUUAACUAAAGUGAAACAACAACAAGAGAAAGAACUCAAGGUGAAAAAUUAUCGGCCGCCAAUGGCGUUUGCACCAGAAAUCUAUUUACUCGAAGAUAAUCAUAAACGUGAUGCAAAUGCUAAUUUUUUACGAGGAUCACCAAUCAAUCGGUCGUCUGCGAACGAUUACUCAUGGCAACAUGCUGACGAUAAAUCCCUACUGCCUGAUCGAUUACCUUGGCAAAACUCAACAUUAAAUCCUACAACUCAUUCGAUAGUUUCAUCAAAGGUCUCGCCACGACGGCUAGCGAAAGUGCGCGAAGAACAAGAACGUCUUUAUUUACAACAGGAACACUUAGCUCGGAAGCGUCGUCAAAUCGAAAAUCAACAGGAGAGGGAACAAGCGGCCGUUAAAAUUCAAACCGCUUUUCGAAAUUACCGUCAACGACGAAGUCAACCGCACGAAGAAGACGUAGUGCUUGGAAUCGACCGUUUGGAAGAAGAAGCGAAUAAAUUAACCAGUUUAAAAGAAGCCGAGGAACGAAAUGUUCUAAAAUUUUCGCAUCGUCUUGACAAGUUGCGAACAAAACGUUUUGAACUGGAAACAAAUCGUGAUUUAGUUAUUCGUCGACUGCAGCAACUACAAGCGCAGAUUGCCCAUCAACGAAGAAAAGGUUCAAAAGAUCUUUUGACUUUACCUACACACGUUUUCUCUCUCUCUCUAGAAAAAGAUCUAUGGAAACAAAAGUAUAUUCUCGAGAAAAAUCGUCCAACUUCUAAUGAUCACGUCGAUCUUCACGACCGGUUGGACCAAGUGACAAUGCGUUUGAAUCAUACAACUAAAGCUCGACAACAAGCAGAGUAUGAGUCUCGUUUAUUACGUCAAGAAUUACAACAAAUAAGUUCGACUCUAAACGGAAUUCAAAAAUAUCGAUUUCCAAAACAAGCAACAGAUCCGAUUUCUUUAAAUAUUACCCUCAAGUAUUGA